CUUCGAGCCUCGCGCAAAGACGAUAGUGCCCAGACAAUUCGAAGGCUCAGCUCAGUCCCCUAAUUGCCUUACCAUCAUAUGUUUAGAUGAGAACACCAGUUUGCAAGCAAGCCCGAUGACAGAACCUGCAAGGAAGACCCUCAAGACUACAGAAGGUAGUAAGAUCGACACGUCUGUUCCAUCACAUAGCGAACAGGCUGGACUUACAGUCCGCCAUAACAAGGGCUCUGAUACCGAAUCCCAAAUUUCGGAAGCUGAGCUACCGCAUAAAACUUGCGAUGCGGCAUCCUUAGACAUAACUUCAAAUAAGAAUAUCAGGGCAAGAUCCGGUAAAAGAAGCUCAAGGCCUCUUCCCGAGAUUAUUGGCAGAAACAAAGAAGGCAAUGAAUAUGAUAUGUAUAAGGAGCGCAACUUGUCUGCCAGCACUGAAUGUGAUCCGCAUGACGCGUCAUACACACACAACCGCAAAGGCACAUCCAACAGUGCUACCGCAAUUGGGCCUCCACUGCCCGCCACACAGAUCGAGGAUGGCGCGGCAGAGCCUAACGCCUUGAGGUUCUCUAAAGAAGAGAUGGAUCGAAUUGGCGCUAUGUUGUACCGAGAAGCUGACGCAGCGCUGCGAGGUCUUAUUAACAGUCAAUGCGAAGGGGAGACUAUUGUAGAACCAGACUUGGUGGUGUCUACGAGUCCAAAGGAGCACGGUGGACAAGAUAAUGUGGUAGAUCCACAUGGCGGCCGCUUGGAGCCCGCCGGUAAAGAACGAGAGCCAAGUCAGCAUGUCAUGCGGGCAUCUAUGCAAUUUCAGGAUCAAGUCAACAAUAUGAUGGCUGGGCUCUAUCAUCAAGUCGAAGACAAGGCUGACGAUUUUGGACUGGCCUCGCUUAGGCGGAAACCAUUGGGUGAAUGGUACAGAGGCACCUAGAUUUGGGUGGGACUGGCAAGCUUCUGGAAUGGGUCGGAUGGAAUUCACACAAUUUCACAGCACCCAUAAUAAGCCGGGUGUCUUACAAGUUCCAGGUUACUUCUUCCAAUAAUAGAUCAACCGCAACAUAUGUUUCACAUUAAGCGUGUGGUCUGGAUCUGGCUUAUAAUGGAUUGGGGUGAAGGAUCACCUAAGUAGUAUCUAGACCCUUGCAGUGACCAAUACAGAGAUCAAAAGAAAUAAGUGCGUCUUCCCCAAUCCUCAUCGUCCAGUCCUGUACCGGGUGGAUGAUAGAUCAGGC